AUCUACCUCAUUCCUUCCUUCCACUUCUCUUCAAAAUACCAGAGAAGAAUCUGUUUAAUAUCAAAAUGGCUGGUUUUUCAAGAAAUGUACUUUCUUCUUCUUCAGUAGUAGCUGUUCUUUUCUUCUUCCUCUUGAGCUUCACAGAAGCAAGAGACCAUUUGGUUGGUGGUAAAACAGAUUCUUGGAAAAUCCCAUCCUCUGAAUCAGAUUCCCUCAAUCGCUGGGCUGAAAAAUCUCGCUUCCUCAUUGGAGAUUCUCUUGUGUGGAAGUAUGAUGCAAAAAAAGACUCAGUUAUAGAAGUGAGCAAGAGAGAUUAUGUAACAUGCAACACUUCAAGUCCAAUAGCAGUACACAAUGAUGGGAACACAAAGAUAGAGCUAACACAUUCAGGAGCUUACUAUUUUAUUAGUGGAGAAAAAGGGCAUUGUGAGCAAGGCCAAAAAUUGAUAGUGGUGACCUUAUCUGAGAAUAACAUGAGAAGAUUCAUGGGUGCACCUGCACCUUCUCCGACAGAAUUUGAUGGUCCAGCCAUGGCUCCUACUAGCAAUGCUGCUACAUUGAAGGCUGGUUUACUUAUGGCUUUUGGGGUUUUAAUGGUGUUUUUGUUUUGAUGUGAGAGAGAGUUUUGUAGUGAUUUUCGUGGUAAUUUGAUAGACAGAUAGUCAAAUGGUGAGAGGGAAAAGGAGGAAGAUGGGGUUCUUGGUCUUUUUCCUUGGUCAAUAUUCUUUAAUUCAAUUUGUUCUUUACUUUUGAUUAAGUUAAUUCAAGCUUUAUUAUAUUAUGGUAAAUUGAACUUU